AUGAUCGUUCAAUUUAUUCAUUUAUUAGUGUUGUUCGCUAUUACAACAUUUUCAGCAGUAAUUCCCAAACAACUGUUUCUUACUCCAGAAGAACUCACUCAUUUAGAAGGAGAUCCAGAAGUUACUCACAAAGUAACAUUCACCAUAUCUCAAGAACAACCAAACAAAGAACCACCAAUUGUUUUAGGAGAUAUUACUAUUGGUCUUUUUGGAUCCGUUGUUCCUAAAACCGUGGAAAAUUUCUAUCAACUCUCAAGUCAUAAGCAUGAUUAUGGAUAUCUUAAUAGUCCUUUCCAUAGAAUAAUUAAAGAUUUUAUGAUGCAAGGUGGAGAUUUUGCAAGAGGAACAGGUACUGGUGGAUUUUCAAUCUAUGAUGAAUCUACAUUUCCAGAUGAAAAUUUUGAAUUGAAACAUGAUAAAUUAGGUAGAGUCUCAAUGGCUAAUGCUGGGAAAGAUACUAAUGGUUCACAAUUUUUUAUUUUGAAUAAAGAUAGUACUCCUCAUUUGGAUGGCAAACAUGUUGUGUUUGGACAAGUGAUUGGAGGUAUUGAUGUUGUGUUGGCAAUUGCUGAAGUAAAAACUACUAGAUCUAGUAGACCACUUGAAAAGAUAUACAUAAGUGGUAUCAAGACAGAAAUUAGGGAGACAGAAGAUGAAUCGAAGAAAGAGGCAUUAAAGCUUGCUGAGGAUGCUAAAGAACAACAACAAACGGAAGAUGAAGCUGCUGCUUUGGAAAAGUCUAAAGAAGAAGUUGAAGAGAAGCAACACAAAGAAGAACAAGAAGAGAAUAAAGCUGCUGAGGAAGCUCUUUCAGAAUCAGCUGAAGAAGCUAAGCAUCUCACAGAGGAUGACAACAACAUUGUAGGUAAAACCGCAUAUGAAGGUGAUUCCAGUUCAUUCUUAAGUGAAUAUAAGUAUCUCUUGAUCUUCUCGGUAAGAAAUCUCCCCUAUAAUACAUCAACAGAAUCCCUUUAUGAAUUCUUUGGGAAAUAUGGAAAUAUAAACCAAAUAAGAAUUCCAGACCCCAGGGCCAACUCAUCCUCAUCAUCAUCAGCACAACAAGGAACAUGUUUCAUAAUAUAUAACAACACAACAAAUGCAAUUCGAGCUGCUCACGAUUUAAAUGGAGUUAACUUUAAUGGAAGGUAUUUGGUAACAUCAUUGUAUCAUGUUGAUAGAAGUAAGAUAGCCAAUGAAGAAUUGACAUUAAGACAAGAACAUUUGAAUGAAUUGAAAAAAAUGUAUGAAAUUUCAGAUUAG